CACCCCCUGGUGCUUGCUAGUCUCCAAAACUUCUUUGUGUGUGUUGCCUGCUUUGCAGAUUGUCUUCCUUGUCUCUCUGGUUGCUCAUUAUUCAGAGACAGACGGAUCUCAGGUCAUCUGCAGCUGCAGCAAAAGGAGAAGCAGGAAAGAUGGCGAUCAUCCACUAGACCGGGCACACGCAUGAGACACUCAGCAAGUUUGUGUCUUUUUGGACAAAGAUCGCUCUUUUUUCCCGGACCGAUCCGAUUCCUGGAUUUUACCGGGAGCCCCCGACGAUGGAGGUCCUGCAGUGCGAUGGCUGUGAUUUUCGCGCUGAGACCUAUGAAGACCUGAAGUCCCACAUUCAGGAUGUUCACACAGCAUUUGUGCAGCCAACUGCUGUCGGGGAAGGGAACUGCAUUCAGGCAAAAUCUGAUACCAUGAAUGUGCAGAGCCAGACGGAGCAGGAGGAUCUUGGAACUCUGAAGAAUGAAUUUGAGUCUUCUCAUGAAAGAACUGGACUACUCCCCUACCAGUCCAGCCCUGGGCAUUACAGCAGUUCCAACCAAAUGCUUUAUAACCAGUCGACGAGCCAGCCUUCCAAGUCAGCAAGCCAGUUUUUUCAGUGCAAGUUCUGUGUUCGUUACUUCAGAUCCAAAACCCUUCUUAGUGAACAUACAAGAAAAGUCCAUGGAUUUGUUGGAGGCUCUAUGCACAGUGGUGGGAAUGGUCCUGUUUCACCUUCCGGCAAGCAGUCAAACUACAGCAUCCUGUUGCACGAUGGAUUUGGGAAGGUUUUCUCUUGUCAAUACUGUACCUACAAAUCUCCGAGAAGGGCACGAAUUUUGAAACAUCAGAAGAUGUACCACAAAAGCAACUUGAUUGAAGCCCCUGUGUCUGUCAAUGAGGCCAUCUCCGAUCCUUCAUCUGUUUCUUUACCCCUGCAGGAGUCUUGCACUGAUCUGCCGGAGGAAGUGGUUGAGCGUAGCAUUCUGGAGUCGAUGGUCAAACCACUGACCAAAUCACGGGGAAAUUUCUCUUGUGAGUGGUGUGGCUAUCAAACCUUACGGAGAGAGAGAUGGUGUGACCAUAUGAUGAAGAAACACCGAAACAUGGUAAAGAUAAUAUCUUCCCUUCGGCAACAACAAGAAGGAGUUAACGCACCCCCGUCAAAACCAGACUCUCCAGCCUCUCACAGAAGCACUCCAAAUUCCAGUUAUAUGCCUAAAAAUUUAAGUAGCAAUGAAAGCAAUGUUUCCAGUUACAGGGGUUCAACGGGGAACUCUCUUUUAAGAUCCCCUUCUUCACAUGCCUCUAAAUUCCCACCCUUUCAGUAUUCUCAUGGAAAAAUGAAAACCACAUCCAGUGGAUCUUCUUCCCUUUUACCAGACAGAUCUGCUUAUGGAAUGUCGGACUCGCUUAACUCUACUGUUGAUGUUGAGACCAACAGCAUGUUGAACGAUUCUAGAAGUAGCUCUGAUGAGGAACUUGGAGAUAUGGAUGGUUCAAACCACACAAAUUCUUUGUCCCUAGACCUUUCAGGAAAACAAUUGUUGUCAGAAGAAGAUACCAAAAUGCUUGAAACAAAGGGAAUACCUUUUCGAAGGUACAUGAACAGGUUUCAGUGCCCGUUCUGUUCUUUCCUCACCAUGCAUCGUCGAAGCAUCUCUCGUCAUAUAGAGAACAUCCAUUUGUCUGGGAAGACAACGGUCUAUAAAUGUGAUGAAUGUCCUUUCAUUUGCACCAGUCCCCUUAAAUUAGGAACUCACAAACAGUGUCACACUGGGACAUCUUCCGAGUGGGAAACCAUGAGCUUGCAGAAUGAAAGCCUGGGCUCUCUUAGCGAGAGCAUGGAACCGAUCAACGGAGGAAGUCUCAACCCCAAGAUGAAUGGCAAAAAAUCAGGAAUGCUAGUUGAAAUAAACCAGCCAAAUCCUCACAGAUGCUCGUUGUGCAGCUUUUCAACAACUACCUUGAAAGGUCUUCGUGUUCAUCAGCAACACAAGCAUUCAUACUGUGACAAUAUGCAAGUGCCAAGUUACGAGGGCCCCUCAAAUGAACAGCAAGACUCUGAGCCAGAAACCUAUACCUCUCCUAACUAUGUGCAGAAAACGCAAACCUCAAUUUUGGGCUUCUCAUCCAAAAAGCACUUGCUUUCAAAGACUGCACGGAAAUCCAUUAAUGAUUUACCCUUGGAUCUAUCGCCAGUCAAAAAGCGUACACGGAUAGAUGAAAUUGCCAACAAUCUCCAGAGCAAGAUUAGCCAAAACAAACAGCAGGAGGAUGCAGUAAUUAACCUGGAAGACAUUGAGGAUGAGGAAGAAGAGGAGGAAGAAAAUGUUGUUGAAGUUGAAAUGGAUGAAGAGAAGGAAGAGACGCAAGCUGAGCAGUUAAUGAAGAACCAGAGCUACAACUACCCUAGGCACCGGAUGUAUUUCAGAGAAUCCGAGGACCCUCAAAAUGAUGACAUGUUGGUAAAAUCGAAUCACCAUCUCCAGCAGAAAUACAUCCCUAACAGCAUGGCUGCUGUUUCACUAACUGUGUCUGAUGAAGAUGAUAAUGAGGAUGAUUACAUCAUUCCACCCGAGUCCAAAGAUUCACACGAUCAGAGCAGCCAGAAUAGUCGGGAUGCUUUUCAAGAUAAUCUUGACUUUACUGAUGAUUCUGGAGCACUGUUUCAUUGCAAGCACUGUGACUACAGUAACAAAUCAGCCCGCAGUGUAAGCACACACUACCAGCGAAUGCAUCCUUACAUAAAAUUUAGUUUUAGAUACAUCUUGGAUCCGAAUGAUCACAGCGCUGUAUAUCGUUGCCUUGAGUGCUACGUCGAAUACACGACUUUCGAUGACCUUAACCAACACUAUGCUGAACACCAUCCUGAAGCUAUUAACGUCCUAAAUUUCAACCAGCCAGAUCUGAUAUACAGAUGUCGAUUCUGCUUGUACACUAGCCCAAAUGUUCGAAGUUUAAUGCCUCACUACCAAAGAAUGCACCCUACGGUGAAGAUCAAUAAUGCUAUGAUCUUUUCCAGCUAUGUGGUUGAUCAGCCUUUGCCCAUGAGCAGUGAAUCACAAACGCUGAGAGAAAUUUUAAACUCUGCCCCCAAAAGCUUUGGAACGUCCACACCCAUAGCACGUAGCACAUCCCAGACCAGUCCUGUAAACAAGAGCUUCCCGAAGGCAGAUUCAAUUAUGGAUACGGACUCUCAGAAAGACAAUGCUGUAAAUAAUGUUGUAGUUUAUGACUGUGACGUCUGCUCUUUUGCUAGUCCAAACAUGCACUCUGUUUUGGUACACUAUCAGAAGAAGCAUCCAGAACAAAAAGCUUCCUAUUUCAGGAUCCAGAAAACAAUGCGCGUAGUUUCGGUAGAUCGCUCUCAGGCUAACUCCAAUCAAGUAUUUGAGGUGAGUGCCCCAUCUCCUCCUAAAACAAGCAGUGUAGCUCCUCCUGAAAUUAAGGAAGAGAUUUAUUACUGCAAACACUGUGUUUAUAGUAAUAGAUCAGUAGUGGGGGUGCUUGUUCAUUACCAAAAGAGACACCCGGAAAUAAAAGUAACCGCAAAAUACAUUAAGCACGCACCUCCAACUCCAGGUCUUCUAAAACUUAUGGAAGAACUCCAAAUUGCCCCACCAAAGCAAUUUCUUCAGCAGUUUAACAAUAGUGGCCUUGACGGAGCCGGUUCUUCCCAUUCUCGACCCGGUGGAGACAAAGGAGAAGGGGAGAUGAUGUUCUUCUGUCAGCACUGCGAAUAUGGGAACCGCACUGUGAAAGGCGUGUUGAUUCAUUAUCAGAAGAAGCACAGGGAUGUGAAAGCUAAUGCAGAUCUUGUGCGACGGCACACGGCUGUUGUUAGAAGCCAGCGUGAGCGUGCACAGAUGAGUCAGUUGAACAACAUGUCUGCCACGGCCAACAACUCCGAUGGGGAGAAAAAUCGACCACUGAGGUCCUUGAAAUGCAGACACUGCUCCUAUAUGUCUCCGUACGUUUAUGCGCUGAAAAAACAUCUCAAGAAAGACCAUCCGACCAUGAAGGCUACUGCCUCUACCAUUUUACACUGGGGUUAUCAAGAUGGUAUUCUAGAGGCAGGAUAUCACUGUGAGUGGUGCAUCUAUUCUCAUGCAGAACCAAACGGAUUGCUAAUGCAUUACCAAAGACGACACCCGGAGCAUAACGUUGAUUAUACCUAUAUGGCUACAAAAUUGUGGGCAGGCCCAGAUACUAUUACUGCUGCUGCCACUACUACUACCCCUACUCCUAGUACCACCGCUACUAAUACUUCUUCUCAACAAGUAGCAAACUCUGAAAGCAAUCAUUAUCAAUGCCGAGAUUGUGCCUUUGAGGCAUGCUCCAUUUGGGAUAUCACAAAUCAUUAUCAAACAGUUCAUCCUUGGGCCAUCAAUGGAGAUGAAUCUGUGCUGCUAGAUAUCAUCAAAGGUAACAGCACUUCAGAAAAGCAAAAAUCACACCAUCAAAAAGUGGACACUGAAAUCAUAGUGGCCAGUCCGUUUCACAGGCAGCCCUCAGACCAAGACGAGGAGCCGUUAGAAAUUUCAGUAGGCUCUCCUGAAAUGGCCACCCAGUUUUCUUUUGCUAGUAGCUCGAUAUCCUCCAACCCCUAUCAGUGUACUGUCUGCUUGUCUGAAUACAACAGCUUGCAUGGCCUGUUGACCCAUUACGGCAAGAAGCAUCCCGGUAUGAAAGUUAAGGCAGCUGAUUUUGCCCAAGAAGCUGACAUUAACCCCAGUUCAGUUUACAAAUGUAGACACUGCCCUUACGUCAACUCACGCAUCCAUGGCGUGCUGACACACUACCAGAAGCGUCAUCCUUUAGUCAAAGUGACGGCAGAAGAUUUUGCUGAUGAUGUCGAGCAGGUGUUCGAGUUAAAUGAUGGCGAUGAAAAAUGUAAAUCUCAGAGGCAAGGGUAUGGCGCUUAUAGAUGCAAGAUGUGUCCGUACACCCAUGGAACGUUAGAAAAGCUGAAGAUUCAUUAUGAGAAGUACCACAAUCAGCCAGCAUCUGACAUGUUUAAUCCCUCUCUAACAAAUUACUCUGUGACUAAAGAGCUACUCGUGGAAAGCAAUUCAUCCACUAUGGAUGACAUUCAGGAAGUGACUGAAAUCCUUCCUUCAUUUUCCCAGUACCCGGGUGAAAAAUGUGAAUCGCACACUGUAUUUAGAUGCCAACUGUGCAAGUAUUUCUGCUCCACUCGGAAGGGGAUUGCACGUCACUAUCGCAUCAAGCACAACAAUGUUCGAGCACAGCCUGAGGGUAAGAACAAUGUCUUCAAGUGUGCUCUCUGCUCGUACACGAACCCAAUACGCAAGGGGCUAGCAGCACAUUACCAGAAGCGGCAUGACAUCGAUGCUUACUACACUCACUGUCUUGCAGCCUCGAAGACCGUCACAGAAAAGCCUCACAAAGUUGUUGUCCCUAUAAGUUCUCAAACUGAAGGUCCAGCCUUGAGCGAAGAGCUAAGAAUAGCAGUUGAGAGGAGGAAAUGCUCUUUGUGUCCUUUCCAGGCUUUCAGCAAGAAGAGUAUCGUCUCUCACUACAUCAAACGGCACCCUGGUGUUUUCCCAAAAAGGCAGCAUUCCAGCAAAUUAGGGCGCUAUUUCACGGUGGUCUAUGCCAGGGCACCCGAACCCACUCCCGAAGUUAAAGAGAAGCCUCCUCAAGAGCAACCUGAGACUGAACAGGAAAAAGACAUUGAAAGGCUUCCUUACAAAUGCAUCAAGUGCUUUAAAUUGUCGUUUAACACAGCUGAGCUCCUCUGUAUGCACUAUACGGAACACCAUAGUAAAGACUUGAAGCGGGAUUUUAUGACAUUGCCUAGUCCAACGAGGUCCAGUGGGGACCACUUUCAGUGUGCCCACUGUGACGUUAGGAUUCUGAGCAUAUCGGAGCUGAGUGUUCAUCUGACCAACCACAACGAGGAGUUCCAGAAGAGGGCCAAGCGGCAAGAACGGAGGAAACAGCUUCUGAGUCGGCAAAAAGGAUGUGAACCUGGGGAUGGAAAAGUCGAAAAGGUUGACAACCAAACUGAAAAAACUCCUAUCGGUUACCGCUGUAACUUUUGCAUUGAGGUGCACCCCACCCUGAGAGCUAUAUGCAACCAUCUUCGAAAGCAUGUUCAGUAUGGCGAGGUCAAAGCCGGCCAUGUCAAACAUGAAGUGAGUGAUACACCAGUUUCUUCAUCAGAGCAUGGGGUAGUUCAUGUUGAACACUCAGAAGAUGCAACAGAUAGGCAAAGCGCUGUGGGACUGGAAUCCACAGGGACCAGCAAUGGUGCAGUUACAGUGACAGCAACAGGGGAGAUGGAUGAAGCAGAAGGAGAAAUGGAAGACUGUGGGGAGCUGAAGGACAGUUCCUUCGGUGGACACGCCUGCCCACAGUGUGACCGUGUCUUCAUGUCCAUGCAGGGCCUGCGGUCCCAUGAGAGGAGUCAUUCUGCACUUGCCAUGUUCACCAGAGAAGACAAGUACAGCUGCCAGUACUGCCAGUUUGUGUCAGCAUUCAGGCACAACUUGGACCGCCAUAUGCAGACUCACCAUGGCCACCACAAGCCUUUCCGCUGCAAGCUUUGCCCCUUCAAGUCUGCCUACAUGAGCCGACUCAAGAGCCACUUCCAUAAAGCUCAUGCAGCAGGUGAACACACUUACAAGUGCUCGUCCUGUUCCUUCUCCUCCAUGACGAUAAGCCAGCUGAAAGAACACUCCUUGAAGAUCCAUGGAGAGGCGCUGACCCUUUCCAAACUGCGUGCUGCUGCUCAGUCUGCCUUCAGACCCCAGAGGCUACAACAGUUAAUCGGACAGUCGUUGGAAAUCCAAGAAUCAGAUGAUUCCUCCUAUUCUGAGCCCGUAGACGUACAACAGCAGCUCAAUCACUACCAGUUGGCAGCGCGCAACAAUGCAAGUGCCAGCCCCACUCCUCUGACCAGCACUAUCCCGGAAGGCAAGCCAGAGAGCCUCUUGACCUGCGAGUUUUGUGAGUUCAGUUCUGGCUACAUACAAAGUCUCCGCCACUACCGGGACAGACAUGGAGGAAAGAAGUUAUUUAAGUGCAAAGACUGCUCCUUCUUCACUUGCUACAAAUCCGCGUUCACAAUGCAUGUGGAAGCUGGCCAUACGGCUGCUCCUGAAGAAGGCCCCAAAGAUCUACGUUGCCCACUCUGCCUCUACCAUACCAAAUACAAGAGCAAUAUGAUUGAUCACAUUGUCCUCCAUAAAGAGGAACGUGUGGUCCCAAUUGAAGUGUGUCGCUCGAAGCUGUCCAAGCAUUUGCAAGGAAUUGUUUUCCGCUGUGACCGAUGCACUUUUACCUGCUCCAGUGAUGAAAGCCUCCAGCAGCAUAUCGAGAAGCACAACGAACUGAAGCCCUACAAGUGUCAGCUCUGCUACUUUGACAGCAAAGAGCGGGAGGAGCUGGAGGAUCACCUGCGCGAUGAGCACAAGGUGGCCCGCAAUUUUGAACUUGUAGGCCGAGUGAGCCUUGACCAGCUGGAGGCUCUGAGAGAAAAGGUGGAGACCUUAAAUGCUGAGGAGAGAGAUGAAGAAGAGGAAGAAUAUCUAGAAGAGGAGGAAGAAGAAGAGGAAACGGCAGAAGUAGAUGAGGAUGAGGUGGCAGAAGAGGAAGUUGAACUGGAAGAUGAUGAGGAGCCGGAACAGAAAAAUGAAGCAAAAGAUAUCCCAGGUUCUCCAGGAAGCAGAGCAUCCAUCAAUAAUGACAAGAGAUUUCCUUGUGAGUUCUGUGGCCGCAUAUUUGCACACUGCUCAGAAUGGGAGCGCCACGUGCUAAGACAUGGCAUGAUUCUGAGCAGCAAUAAGCUGGAUGACAUUCGUGUUGAACAAGCAGAAGACUUUCUGAACCAGGUGAGCCGAGCACCGAACGCACCAACACUGGAAGAUAAAAUCGAGGAAAACUCGGACGAACCCACGGAAGUCAACUGCCAUGAGGAUUCUGGCGACAGCCCACUAAUCAGCAUGGAGACUGAGAUAUCAGAGACCAAAAAAUGAUACUUCAGCAGAAACAGUGUAGCUUGGACACGUACUUGAAAAAUUUAAAACGAGAAACAAAACCAACCAAGGCUGCUUUACGUUAACCUUUUAAACCUUCGGAGCACUGUUAGAUAUAAUAACGUUUUGUUUGU